AUGUCCUCUAAUGGUCUUCCUUCACCACCAGCACUAGAAGAUCCAGAUCUGGAGGAGGAGGGAGAGAUUGUCUUUUUUGACGAAGAUGAUAUUGCCAGUGGCCUUGAAGCUUGCAGAUUGAGCUUAACUGGGAAUACUACUCAAAAUCUUUCUUCAUUGUCUGUCUCAUAUCAGAGAAGACAAGCAGUUUCAAAGAUGACCAUAAUUGUUGGAAUCAAGGGAUUGGCUGUUAAGAAGAACACGAUUUCAGGAGCAGUCACUCAAGGUCCAUGA